AUGAAGUUAUUUCAAGCUUGCUAUUUACUUAUCGUCCUUUCAUUAAGAGUGGCAUCACAAGACCUUGGCCGUUAUGCCAAGCCAGGGUGUAAUGAUAUGUGUGGGAAUGUCACGAUUCCAUACCCUUUUGGAAUCGGGCCAAACUGUGCUAUCAACGAAUGGUAUGUCGUGGAUUGCAACUCCUCGACGCCAUAUCUACAUGCACUCAACCACUUUGAAGUUGUAGGUGUUAACUUGAGUAAUCAAACAAUCACUGUUAGUACACCAAAACCAACAUUCACUGACUGCCAAAAUCCAGUUACGAAUAUCAGUCAGACGAAUGCCAUUGAUCUUGGUAGAAGCCCCUUCUGGCUUUCCGCUCCACACAAUAUAUUUAUGUUUAAGGGGUGUGGUAACGCUGUGAUGAUGGAUCACGGGAGUAGUGUGCUAACGGGUUGUUCCACAUCUUGUCUCAUGAACAAUACUCUUAGCGAAAAAAGAAACAAUAACUGCUUUGGCAUAAAUUGUUGCCAAACCACAAUUCCUCCUCGUUAUCUCAAAUCCUACAAUAUUAGCCUUAUUAUGGAUUUGGAAAAAAAACAGGGUAGAGAUAGAGGUUGUGGGUCUGCCUUUGUGAUGGAUACAAGUGCAUACAUUAAGCGAAGCCAAUCAUCUAUUUCUAGAAACUUGGAAUUAGACACUUUUGUUCCGAUAUCCCUAUUGUGGACUCUAUCAGAGAUUGACUAUGAUCGAGUCACUUGUUACUCUGUCAGGAAAAAGCUGAUACUCCAUUUGGGUAAUGGAACUUCAGUAAUUACUUGGAAAUGCGACUAUGAUCCGUUGAUAUACUCAGGAAAUCCGUAUUUUGAAGAUGGAUGCUAUGCUAAUAAUGCAUAUAUGAAUACAAUUGAUCAUGAUGGUGUUUGUCAAAAGUGUAGAGAUAAUGGAACUCUCUGUCUCAGUCAAGGCCUAAUAUAUAACGUUGAUGGUUCUGUUUACAAAGAAGACCUUUAUUGUAGCAAAAAGAAUGAUACAAAUAUUGAUCCUAAUUCUAAUAAACAUGCUAUAAAACUAGCAUCGGGGAAAUCACUCAGCUUAGUUGUUAUUUUAGGUGUUAGCUUAAGCAUUGGUGUGCUUGUUCUCGUGGCAAUAAGUUAUAUAUUGUACAAAGUGAUCAAGGAAACACAAGAAAAAAGACAACGAGAGAGGUUUUUUAAACGCAAUGGUGGUAUACUAUUAAAACAACAAGCUGAAGCUGACCCAUCUUUGGUAGAUAAAACCAUACUUUUCACGUCUCAUGAGUUGGAGAAAGCCACUGACUACUUUAACGAAAACAGAGUUCUUGGGCGGGGAGGUCAAGGUACUGUCUACAAAGGUAUGUUAGUUGAUGGAAGAAUUGUAGCAGUCAAGAAAUCAAAGGUGGUCGAUGAAAGCCAAUUAGAGCAAUUCAUCAAUGAAGUGGUCAUUCUUUCACAAGUCAAUCAUAGGAACGUGGUCAAACUACUGGGAUGUUGUCUAGAAACAGAGGUUCCUUUGCUAGUUUCUGAAUUCAUUCCAAAUGGGACCUUGUAUGCUCUUCUUCACAAUGAUAAUAACGAGUUCCCAUUUUCAUUAAAUAUGAGAUUACAAAUAGCUACAGAGGUUGCAGGAGCACUUGCUUACUUACAUUCAGCAGCAUUAAUUCCAAUAUACCAUAGGGAUAUCAAAACAACAAACAUACUUUUGGAUGAUAAAUACAGGGCCAAAGUCUCUGACUUUGGAACUUCAAGGCUGGUAACAAUGGUUCAGACUCACUUAACUACCUUGGUAAAAGGUACGUUUGGCUAUCUAGAUCCUGAAUAUUUCCGAUCUAGCCAAUUUACCGAGAAGAGUGAUGUUUAUAGCUUCGGAGUUGUUUUGGUUGAAUUGAUAACUGGAGAAAAGGCAAUUUCACUCACUAGAUUUGGAGAACACAGAAGUCUGGCUACACACUUUACGUUUGCUAUGGAAGAAGGGCGUAUUAUGUCUACUUUUGAUGCAAGGAUGCUUAAUGAGGCUAAUAGGGAUGAGCUUCUUUUAAUAGCUAACCUUGCAAUGCGAUGCUUGAAUAUGAACGGAAGAAAUAGGCCAACAAUGAAAGAAGUAGCCGUAGAGUUGGAAACUAUACGAACAUCAUACAUUCCAUCAACGGUUCAAACCAAUAUCAUACCCAUGAUAUUUGGGGAAGAUUUACCACCGCAACCAUAUGGUGAAUCAACAUCAACAUCUUUGAGUUUCAAUAGUAUUAGUCAUAUAGGUAGAUAACACGGUAUCCCCGUAAUGCGACGGUGUUUGUGACAACGACAAUGUGGAGGUGGCAUCUAGUGGUGUAGAUAAUUAAUGUAAAAGUAGUUGAUAUAAAGAGUUAAAGAUGAUAUU